UCACCCGGAUAUCCGGUUUGGAUUGCUGCUAUAGUAGCUAGAAAUCCGGGUUCGGGCAACUUUUGCUCGUAGGUGCGUCGUAAAAUUGACGUGUAAUGGAUUAAUAAUCCCGUAAUAUAUUCGUUUACAGCAAACACAAGAAACGGUUUGUUUUUGUUUCUUGUGACACUCGUCACCAUGGAGGCAAACAACGCUGGCGAUGCUAACAUAAGACCCGGAGCAGGAGAAGAGAAUCUGGAAAACCAAGACUUAAGUUUUCUUCAAGCAAUUGCUGUUGCUUUCUUUUCUCAAUAUGGAUGGUUUCUGUUGGUCCUGUGUGUUGGAGUUUACUUCCUCAUCCAGUAUCUCAGUAAGAUGAGACCCAGCUUGUUUCAGAGCUCAGCUCCAGCAGUCAGUCAAGACCCAUCAUCGGUGGUAAAGCGCGAAGAAGCACUGGAGGCGUCGCGCCGAAGAAUGCAAGCAGAGCUCGAUGCUAAAGCCGCAGAGUUUAAAGAGAAACAGCAGAGACUGGAGGAGGAGAAAAGACAGCAGAAAAUCGAGAUGUGGGAAAGCGUGAAAGAAGGAAAGAGUUUUAAAAGAAACGCGUGUGGGGCGCGACCCUUCUUCAAUCCCACACCGCAGAAGAAGAACAACCGAGAGAGAGAAAAAAAGUGGGGGGAGGAAAAAGGCGAAGACGCCGAAGAAGAAGAAGCAGCCGCGUCGCUGCGAAGCGCCCAGCACCUCAGUCGCUCCUCACAAUGGCCCGCUAAGGCAGGAAGAAUGGGGAUGCUGCUCGCUGCGUGGACGCCGUAA